UCCAGUCCCAGAGAUCCUUUCCCUUGAGAGUAUCUACUGCACAAAGAACUUCAUCUAUUUCACAUGAAAGAUCUCAGCUGACCUAAGGUGCCUCAGUCAGCAGCAAAGGGAGGCGUACCAUUCACUCUUCUGACAGGCUGGAACUUUUCUGAUAUAAAUAAUCAGAUGUAAGAAAAACACUGAAAAUUAUCCUCCAGUUGUGCCCCAGAGUUCUUCAACAGAUGGGGACAACCCAGUAACCUCAACAGUCUCAGCUGCCUUUUGGAAGACCUAGAGCUCCCAGAAAUUAUGUCAUCAAAAUCUGGUUUCUUUUGCAGUGAAAAUUCUAUUGCAUAAAUAUGUCAAAUCAACGAGCUUCAAAUGUCAGAAGCAUUCAGGGGAAGGUUAUUGCAAAAUCCCCAUUUCCUCCCGAUCAGCAGGGACUUGGGAGGCAGAGAAUAGAUUGGGGCGAAGCCAGUCAAAAUUUUUACUACCGGUUCUCCAAACUACUCAAAAUUUCCACUACUGGUUCUCCAGAACUGGCAAAUAUCAACAUCCCAAUGGGAGCACUUUUGCCUGGUGCUGGUCAACCUCCUAAAAGAAAAGAAUCUACUGAACCCGAAGAGAGUCUUCCAACUCCACCUGAAGAAGAAAAGAAAAAGACUCUCCCAGGAGCCAAGAAGUUAUCAGGCCCAGCGGUUAAUCUCUCAGAAAUCCAGAAUGUAAAGAGUGAACUAAAAUUUGUUCCAAGAUUUGAAUAAUAAAAGAAAUGAAAUUGUAUGUAGAAGAUAUGAUUCAUACCACUAUCUGUGUGCUGAACCAAAGAAAAAUUACUUACAUGCAUAGGAUUGCUUCUGAAGAUCAAUGAGAAAUUGAAACUCUACAUUAGAAAUGGUUUAUUUCUGUACAAUAUAAAUAAGAUGUCUGUGUGGGUUAACUAAAGCUGCCUCAGGAGGUUAUAUACUUCAUUAAAAUCAAUAUUUUCAUUUUCAAAAUAAACUUUGACAUAAGCAAAGUGAGUUGCAAAGAAA